UCCCGGAAUCGGUAGAGUGUGCGGUCGUCACAUGGAAAACCAAAAUACCAUAAUUAAAAAUGGUAUGAUUUUCAUUCUAUAAAUAAACUUAAGGUUUUCAGAGCAACAUCUAGUGAUCUGGGGAAAGGAGUGCUGUGAGAAAAACGUGCAGGGCGUGAAAAUGGGCAAGGGCCAAAAGCGAAGCGGAGCCAAGAAGCUGCCGGCAAACAAACGGAAUGAAUUGAAUGGGCUCAUUGACACACUCAUCAGCCACGGCUUCAAAACAACGACAAAUUUGUCGGAACAGUGGACACAAUACCUGGAAAUUCGAUCGCUAUUGGACCGUGUCCAGGCCAUUGAGGCGGAGCUCAAGGUGAAGAGUGCAAGCAGCAAGAAUCGUGUCGCAUGCAUUGAAGCGUUCUGUGCCUGGGCACGUGAGAAUGGGGCUCAAUUUGAUGGUGUGAAGAUCUCUGAAUUUCCCGGCUAUGGGAUGGGAUUGGAGGCCACGAAGGAGUUCCACGAGGACGCCGUCUUCAUCAGCAUCCCGAAGAAGAUGCUGAUGGGGUUGCACAACGUGAGCAAUGCUAUCGCUCCGAUGAUGUCCGAGAUGCCCAUGGUUCAGACCAUGAGCAAUAUCAAGCUCGCCUUCUCUCUCCUCGUGGAGAGACUCAAUCCCAACAGCUUCUGGAAGCCUUACAUCGACACGCUGCCCGAGAAGUAUUCCACGGUGAUGAACUUCUCCACCAAUGAGAUGCAGGAGUUGAAGGGCAGCAGUGCGCUGUCAUCCGCCCUUGUGCAGUGCAAGAACAUCGCUCGCCAGUACGCCUUCAUCCGGAAAUACAUCGACAAUAUCAAGGAGGAGGGAUUCGAUGCCACGCUGCUCACGCUCAAGGAGCGCUUCUCGUUCGAUCUCUACUGCUGGGCAGUCUCCACUGUCAUGACUCGCCAAAAUCUCGUCCCCAUGCACGUCACGGACAAGGAUGAGCCUCAGACUCACAUGAGUCCGGCACUGAUUCCACUUUGGGAUAUGGCAAAUCACGCCCAUGGCAAAAUCACGACCAUCUACAAUGCCGAGUCUGACUGCAUCGAGAGUUCCGUGCAGGCAAAGUGUCAGCGUGGAGAGCAAAUCUUCAUAUUUUACGGGCCCAGAUCAAAUGCAGACUUCCUCAUUCACAAUGGAUUUGUCUAUGGUAAGAACGAACACGAUAGCGUACCUAUUCGUCUAGGCCUGAGUUCGAUGGAUCAGCUCGUGAGUGAGAGAACGGAGCUACUGAAAGCGCUCAACAUUGUUGUAUCCGGAGAGCUGAGUCUUCUGCCGGCGCCUCAAUUCAUCUCACCCGAGUUAUUGGGCUUCGUGCGCGUGUUUAACAUGAGCAAGGAACACCUUGAACAUUGGCUGACCAAUGAUCGUGCAACUGAUCUCCUCCACGCCGAUUGUGCCUUGGACACUGCCCUCGAAGUGAAGACUUGGAAAUUCCUUGAGACUCGCCUCACUCUGCUUCUCAGGUCUUUCCCGACGACACUAGAGGAGGAUGUGGCACUCCAAAGUGGCCCUAAACUGGGCCACAUUCGUAGCAUUUUGCUUCAAUUUCGCAUUGGCGAGAAGCAAAUCUUGCGAGAUGCACUUGAGUAUGUCCAGCAGAGAGUCAAGAGUUAGAUUGGAAAU